AUGGCUGGAGAUUAUGAAGAUAUGAUAUUUGCAGACGAACAGCAACUGAAUGUCUCUCUACUUUCCUGGAACACUACAAAUAGAUCAGUGGACUCGAACUAUACCAGUGAAGAAGAUGGCCUUUACAUUCCGUACCAACUACGUCCAGAGACGUACAUAGUCCCAAUGGUAUUCGUGGUUGUCUUUUUCGUAGGGUUGCUAGGAAACGGGACUCUGGUCCUCAUAUUUGUCCGCAAUCGAUCUAUGCGGAGUAUACCAAACACUUAUAUCAUGAGCUUGGCUAUUGGAGAUUUCCUCGUCAUAGUAGGAACAGUACCAUUCAUAAGCACGAUUUAUACUUUCGACAGUUGGCCGUAUGGUACUUUUAUGUGCAAAUUUAGUGAAUUCUUGAAAGACGUUUCAUCCGGAGUUACAGUACUCACUCUCACGUUGCUGAGCAUUGAUCGCUACAUCGCUAUUGUUAAGCCUCUUCAUAAAUUAACCGGACAUAACGGUAGGACAUUCACAAUCAUUUUGGCUCUUAUUGUAUGGGCAGCAGCAAUUGCAAUCGCAAUUCCAGGAGCACAUUUUUCUUUCCUUUGGGAAGUUGAAUUAUAUCCCGAUCAUGUCAUCUAUGUCUGCUAUCCAUUUCCGGAGAAUAUGAAGCCUUGGUACCCACGAACUAUGGUUUUAGUCAAGUUUUUACUACUGUAUGCUAUACCGCUCUUUCUGAUAGGAGUUUUCUAUGCUCUUAUGGCGAGACACCUUUUGAAAGCAUCUAAAGAAUGCUUAGGGACAAAUGAUAGCCACAUCGAGAAAAGAAAAGGAAGAACCAAAGUUGCAAAAAUUGUACUGGUGUUUGUCAUUUUAUUUGCAAUUUGUUUCUUUCCUAGUCAUGUAUUUUUUAUGUGGUUCUAUUUCCAUCCAGAUGCUCUUGAGAAUUACACAAGUUUCUGGCAUACGUUGAAAAUUUUAGGCUAUGUUCUAACCUUUUUCAACAGCUGCUUGAAUCCUAUCGCUCUGUAUUUCAUCAGUGGAGUUUUCCGUUUACAGUAUAGAAGGUACUUGCUAUGCUGUAAGAAGGAGCCACACACUCGAAAUUAUCUGAAUACAUUUAGAAUAAUUCCCAGCACAUCAAACCGCAGCACUGCGAGAACAACGCUAGUAUCAAAGAUGUAA